CCGUAUUCAGAAAUGCGCCUUAACUUGAAGCUGCGCCUUGACUUGAACAAGUCCUGCUCAAGACUACACCCGACUUGAACACGCUGAAGGCAGCGAUCACGUUUCAUAAACGUUCUCGCUGCCUUCCUUCGUCAAGUCAAGCCCAAGCUACGCCGCGGUGUGUCUGGGAGCGAGGUUACCAGAUUGAAUGACAGUAAUAAUAAUUUAUAUAUCUGUAGAACCGACGAUUUCCUGAAAGGUUAAGCUAGGUGCCCGUUUGCAGAGAGGCAUUGGCAGAAAAAAGAAAUAAAUAAAAGAAAAUCGCACGAAAACAGCCAUAACCAUCCAAGUCGAUCCACUGCCGCUGGACGGUCACUUUUAAAAUGGCGUCGGAGGAGACGACCGCACCGUGUGGCUCCAGAAAACCGGCACCGCGCUUCACAUCCGAGGAGAAGUCGCUUCUUUUGAGCUUAGUCAACAAUCAUAAAAAAGUUCUAGAAUGUAAAAAGACGGACGUGGCAUCCCUAAGCGCGAAAACUGCGGCGUGGAAGAAGCUCGCUGUGGAGUACAAUGCACAGCAUGGUGUCACGCCUCGCGACCCCAAGCAGCUGAAGAAAUGUUGGGGAAACAUGAAGCAGAAAUGGAAAGAAGAGAAUUCCGAAGAAAAAAGAAAAAUUCACAAGACGGGAGGAGGACCUGCUGCAGCAGGCAUGACACCACUGUCGGCUUUGGUUGGGGCUGUGGCAGGCCACAUGGCCACCAGAAUACCGAAUGAAGAAGACUCUGAUGGCGCAACCUACCUCCCCCCCGUCGACAGUGAGCCUGUUGUUCGGCUCCUGCAGCCGAUGAUAACAGGAGAAGUGGAAGCAACAUAUGACUAUUAUGGUAUAGUACUAUUUCAUGAAACACAUUGCAAAGUUUUUGUGAUAUGUCGAAAGCAAUUUGUUGUGGCAUUUACAUUCAGCGAUGCAAAGUGUGUGCCACAUGAUGAGUAUAAUUUUGAACUAAUGAUCCUUUCAAAGGAGCACAGGAGCCCUGGCCAUCUAGUACAACACGACCACUCAAUGGAUAAUGACUUGAACGCUACAAGUUCACCCAUUGUGGAUCACACUACAGCUGCGCCAGAGCUUCUUGAGUCAAACAAGGAGAACGAGCCAGAACGAGCCAGAGAAUUUACAAGCGAGAGGCCACCCAGAAGCAGGAUGGCACUCCUAGAGAAAACUUUGGCUUCCGAAAAUGAAGUCAGGAUUGCUUUACUCAGGGAGGAGCAAAAGUUGCGAAUGCGUCUGAUGCAAGAGGAGCAUGCAGACAACUUGAAAAAAAGAAAUGAUGAGCAUAAGCUCAAAAUAGAAAUAUUGAAUCUUCAAAAGCAAGUUGAGCUUGCAAAAUUGAAUGCAAUGAAUAAAAGCUGCAUGACACCCUGA